AUGUCCCGCCGUCGUGCAGCCUCGGCGGCCAACCUCGAGGCCCACGACAGCAUGAAUGGCCGGCCGCUAACCGACUUUGGUGGCGCGCCUUCCAGCUCUGGCUCGUUCGGAACAUCAGACACCAUUGAGGAAGAGUCUCAGCAAACCGUAUCGAGCCAGCUACGGACACCCGGAAUUCGCCUCGACCGUGGACCAACCGACUCAUUCCUGGACAUGGAGGAGUCGGAUGCCGAGUCGUUCCGGUACUCGGACGAGGUCCCCAUCCUGCAACGGAGCGACGAGAGCUUCCUCGAGAAGCCGGCCAAGUCUGCUGGUGUGGCCUUCGAUGAGCUCGUCGACCGCCUGAUUGCCCCGCGCAUGACCAAAGCCGACAACAAUUUCUCGGAUGUUUUCCUCUGCCUUUACCGAAAGUUCGCCGCGCCCGGCGAGCUCUUCUCGGCCAUCCUCACGCGACUUGACCGCGUCAGAGACGACAAGUCGGCGCAUUAUCUCUCCAAGACCGCGACGCAGCUUAGGAUCAUCGAGGUCGUCGCGAAAUGGGUAUCCCUGUACCCCGGAGACUUUGCACGGCCAGGGACACGGCGAAACCUCGAGGAGUUCAUCAAGCACCUUUCCACCGAGCCCAUCUUUUCGAUUGCAGCCCAGCAAAUCCGACGACAUCUCGAGCACAGCGUGGUGGAGGACGACAAUACCGGCUGGGCGAAAUCAGACGAAUUGGCGGAUGAGGAAGGCAGCAAAGUCCUGUCCAAGGACAAGACGCUAUCCUCAUCCGAAAUGUCCGACGGAAUGAUCAGCCUUCACCUUGACGGCGACGACAGCAAGCCGGCCGACGAAAGACCGUCCGGCAGCUCCGACUUUUCACACGCGGACCGGACCAGCAGCGUCGGAACACACGUUUCGUUCCACUCGUACGACGAAUACGAAAGAGAGGCAGCCAACAUGGAACCUACCGAUGUGCUGCCCAUGAACAAGUUCCGCUACCACAUUUUCAUGGACAUCUCGGACGACGACAUUGCCGACGAGAUGACGCGCAUCGACUGGGUCAUGUUCUCGUCCAUUCGCAUCAGAGACUUUGUGCGACACGUGAGCCUGUCAUUGGAUCAACGAUCCAAAUGCAAGAGUCUCAAGAACGUCAAUCGCAUGAUCAACCACUUCAAUCAUGUGGCCAAGUGGGUUGCCAACCUCAUCCUGCUGCGGGACAAGGCGAAGCACCGAGCGCAAAUGCUCGAGAAGUUUAUGAACAUUGCGCAAAAGCUGCGGCGGCUCAACAACUACAACGGUCUCGCGGCAGUCCUCGCAGGCAUCAACGGCACCGCGGUGCAUCGGUUGUCUCAGACAUGGACAUUGGUGCCGCCCGAGUCCCAGAAAUCGUUUGCCAAGCUGGGCAUUCUCAUGGGUACACAAAAGAGCCACUUUGCGUACCGACUGGCAUGGGAGAACUCGCCAUUGCCCCGGAUACCGUACAUCCCCCUGCACCGGAGAGACCUGGUGUCGGCCGAGGAGGGAAGCAAGACAUUUGUGGGGCCCGAUGGCGACAGGGUCAACUGGAAGAAGUUUGAGGUGCUCGGUGAGGUUCUGCUGCCUCUCAUGAAGAGCCAGGGAACUGCUUACCCGAACCUCUCGAAGCACGAAGCAGCCCGGGAGCUGAUUUUGGACUGCAGAAUGCCGACGGACGAAGAGGAGAUCUACCAACGCAGCGUCCAGGUCGAGAGCACCGCAGGGGGCGGGGCCGACAUGAGCAAGAAGAAGUUCCCGUGGUUCGCCAAGUAG